UCACCUAGACACUACUUGCCAGCCUCGCGCCCAUUUCACAGGGGAGAGAGGUGAUUCGUCGGUCGCUCUGCGCUUGCUCACUGUUAGAUCGCUUCGGGGUCGCCUGAGAUCACAGAAAACGAUGGUGAAGGCUCUAGCUGUUCUCAGUGGUUCGGAAGAAGUGAAGGGAACAAUCUUCUUUGAACAGGAAGGAGAUGGUCCAACUAAAGUUACAGGAGUCAUCUCUGGUCUUAAGCCUGGGCUUCAUGGCUUCCAUGUUCAUGCAUUUGGGGACACUACGAACGGCUGCUUGUCAACUGGUGCUCAUUUUAAUCCUGCUGGAAACGAACACGGGGCUCCUGAAGAUGAGAACCGCCAUGCUGGUGAUCUUGGAAAUGUGAAAGCUGGAGAAGAUGGGACUGCUAAGGUUGAAGUUUCUGACAUACAGAUUCCUCUCAGUGGCCCAAAUUCUGUCAUUGGAAGGGCUGUUGUAGUCCACGCUGAUCCGGAUGACCUUGGAAAAGGUACAGUUUUUUCUUUUGAUGUAUUGAUUGCUGUUGCUUUUAAUUAUGAUGACACAAAGAAAGAAAGCAGGUGCAGUGACUAAAGCAUGAAGAUUUAU